AUGGUUCUCCUCUCCCACCGAUACCUCUCUUUUCUCUUUUUCUUCUCGAUUUUCAUCCUUCCAAUCAAUGCAUUCAACAUUCUUGUCUACGCACCAUCUUUUGGUGGAAGUCAUACCAAUUUUAUGGCCAGAUUGGCGGAUACACUGACGGAAGCUGGGCAUAAUGUGACAUUUCUGGCGCCAGUUGUGGAUGCUUCAAGAAAAGGACAAUUAAGUGUGACAAUGACCAAAGAUUAUGUUGUGGUAGAGCAAGACGAGCACAUGAAGAGUCAAGUGAAACCGAUUGAUGGGGUGUUGGGACAGUAUUGGAAGGCUGAUAUUGAUUCGUCGAAUUCGGAUACAGUCCUCAAUGCCUUCACUCAUGUCAAAACUCAAGCUUGCGAGAAUUUCCUUCGCAAUCGAGAAGUAUUCGACCAGAUGAAAUCCCGUAACUUCGACGUGGGAAUCUUCGAACCAGUCUCUGUGUGUGGCCUCGGAUUUAUGAAUGCUCUGGGGAUAGAUAAAGUGAUUAUGGCAUCCUCGUGUGCUCUACAUGAAGUUGCCUCUGCUGCAAUCGGGGAGCCAUUGGAUUUCAGUUAUGUGCCUGGGAUGAUGAGUAAAUCUGGAGAUCAAAUGAGUCUCACCGAGAGACUUGAAAACUAUAAAAUGGCAAGAUCGAUUGAAAAAAUGCAACACGGAAUCUGGGAUCAGGAAACCGCGCUCUACCGUACUCACCUAGGCAGCGACGUUCCCGACUGGCGGGAUCUGAUGCCUACUUCCUCUGUGUUCUUCACAAAUUCCAUUCCAUACGUGGAUUUUCCGCGUACAGUAACCCAGAAGACAGUGCCAAUCGGUGGAAUUUCAGUGGAUAUGGCGGCGAUUCGAGAGCACAAACUAUCGAUUGAAUGGAGUACUGUAUUGGAUGAGAGACCAUACAAUAUGUUGAUUUCUUUCGGUUCGAUGGUCAGGUCCAUGGAUAUGCCCAUUGAGUGGAGAAACGGCCUUCUGGAAGCGAUAAAAUCAGAGCCGAACGUGACAUUCAUUUGGAAAUACGAGGCAGAUGAAUUGGAAUGGGCACAAGGAGUCUCGAAUAUCCAUUUCUCUCGAUGGGUUCCCCAGACGGCCCUUCUGAAUGACGACCGUCUUAAUGCGUUCAUGACACACGGAGGUCUUGGAUCAACGAAUGAAUUGGCUCAUCUCGGAAAGGUGGCUCUCAUGAUUCCAGUAUUUGCAGAUCAGAAUAGAAAUGCUCGAAUGUUGGAAAGGCAUGGAGGAGUGAAGGUGAUUGAGAAGUACGAGUUGGCUGAUAAACACAAAAUCCGAUCGGCAAUUCAAUCGAUAUUACAUGACAGACAGUAUAAGGAGAAGGCCGAGAGACUCGCACAUUUAUUGAUUAAUCAACCGAUGAAACCGAAGGAACAAGUCGUCAAGUAUACUGAAUUUGUCGCCAGAUUCGGUCCAUUCCCUCAAAUGGAUUCUCACGGAAGGAAACUUUCAUUCGUCGAAAGAAACUUGGUGGAUAUAUAUUUUGUGAUGGGCAUUCCUUAUUUAAUGGGAUUUUUAUUCAUUUUCUGUGUUUGCCGGUUUGUAUCAGGCAGAUCUUCUAACAAAUUGGUAAAAAAAGAGUGA